AUGGCUUCCGACGGCGUGGUGGCCCUGUACGGCAACAACAAGGCGGUGGUGGAGCCCUCCGCCAAGCCUGCCGCCGCCACCUUCUCCGUCAAGGUGGGCCUCGCCCAGAUGCUGCGCGGCGGCGUCAUCAUGGACGUGGUCACCGCCGAGCAGGCGCGCCUCGCCGAGGAGGCCGGCGCCUGCGCCGUCAUGGCGCUGGAGCGCGUGCCCGCCGACAUCCGCGCCCAGGGCGGCGUGGCCCGCAUGUCCGACCCGGCCCUCAUCCGCGACAUCAAGCGCGCCGUCACCAUCCCGGUGAUGGCCAAGGCCCGCAUCGGGCACUUCGUGGAGGCCCAGAUCCUGGAGGCCAUCGGCGUGGACUACGUGGACGAGAGCGAGGUCCUGACCCUCGCCGACGACGCCCACCACAUCAACAAGCACAACUUCCGUGUCCCCUUCGUGUGCGGCUGCCGCGACCUGGGGGAGGCGCUCCGCCGCAUCCGCGAGGGCGCCGCCAUGAUCCACACCAAGGGCGAGGCCGGCACCGGUAACGUGGUGGAGGCCGUCCGCCACGUCCGCUCCGUGAUGGGCGCCGUCCGCGCCCUGCGCAACAUGGACGAGGACGAGGUCUUCAGCUACGCCAAGCAGAUCGCCGCCCCGUACGACCUGGUGAUGCAGACCAAGCAGCUGGGCCGCCUCCCGGUGGUGCAGUUCGCCGCCGGCGGCGUGGCCACCCCCGCGGACGCCGCCCUGAUGAUGCAGCUCGGGUGCGACGGGGUGUUCGUCGGCUCCGGCAUCUUCAAGAGCGGCGACCCGGCGCGUCGCGCCCGCGCCAUCGUGCAGGCCGUGACGCACUACAGCGACCCGGAGAUCCUGGCCAACGUCAGCGCGGGGCUCGGGGAGGCCAUGGUGGGGAUCAACCUGUCCGACCCCAACGUGGAGCGCUUCGCCCAGAACUAUCUUGGGUGUUGGUUGCCAGUUGAGAUCAGCCGAGGGAUUUUGCUCUUCAAGUGCUAUGCUCUCGUUUGA